UAGCUUUGCGCGUAUUGAAUGAUAAAGGAUUUGAAAUACUCUAUACACCAUUUUUUAUACGUAAAGAAAUUAUGCAAGAAGUAGCUCAAUUAAGUCAGUUCGACGAAGAACUUUAUGAAGUUGUAUGUAAAAAUGAUAAGCCUGAUGAACCGACCGAUGAAGUUAAAUAUUUUAUUGCUACUUCUGAACAAGCUAUUGCUGCUUUUCAUCGGUUCGUAAACGUUAAUCUUCCUCGAGGUCCUGCUAUUAAUGCUCCCCGUUCACUGUCAUGA